AUGGAACAGAUCUCGAUGGAUCCAGAUAUAUUCGUGUUCCACAAUGUGAUCUCUAGCGCAGAGAUUGCAAUUUUAGACCGGGAAAUGGAAGCAUUUCUGGUUCCUGCCAAAGUAGCUACUCCUGAAGGAGAGAAAGUUUCCAGUUAUCGCACAGUAAAGAGCGUUAGGUUGCCUCAUGUAAAUGUUUCAAGAGAAGUGAAUUUGCUGGCCGUGCGAUUGCAUAAACGAAUGUCGGAUUUGUCGGAUUUUAAUCUCGACAGUUAUAGUGACGUCAUGCAGGUGCUUAAGUAUGACUUUGGAGGACAUGCCAGCAUUCACAAUGAUUACUUCAAGAACUCCAGCAGCGAGGAUCGCAUUGCCACAAUUUUGUUUUAUCUCAAUGAUGUGUCUAGUGGUGGUGGAACAGUGUUUUUUGACCUCAACUUGACGGUGCAGCCAGAGCCUGGCAAAGCUGUUCUCUGGUACAAUUUGAAUUUAGAUACAUUUGACUACGAAGAGCGAAACAUACAUGCAUCUUGCCCUGUCAAGAUUGGCUCUAAAUUUGCCCUCACACAAUGGGUACUUGAGCAUCGACAGAUGUUCAACCGACCGUGUUUAAGGCCUCCAAAGUUGCGUCAAUACAAGUAG